AUGACCCCAAAGUACACCAGGCUUGCUCUCCUAGUGGAUCUGUUUAUGACCCACAUCCUCUGUCAGGACUGUAACUUACUAAAAGUUCAUUUGAGCACAUUCACCUGGCAAAACCUGAUGCUUCUGAACAAGAUGAGCAAUUCAAUUCCUGUAGAAUGUCUCAGAGAAAUCCACGAUUUUGAGUUGCCCAAAGAGAUCCUAUUAUCCACCCAGCCUGAGAAGACAAACAUCAAGUAUUUCUUCUAUGAAAUGUUCACACAGGCCAUCAAUAUCUUCAGCCAAAACACCUUCAACUCCAGUUGGGAUGAGGAACAACUGGUACAACUCCAAAUCAACCUUUAUGAGCAAGUGGAGUAUCUGAAACAAUGCUUGAAAAAAGAGAAUAAAGAAAAGGAAGAUGUGAAAGCUGAUAAGAAGAAACACUCAGGAGCUGGGGUGCUCCCUUUGGGCAACCUCAAACUGAGGAGAUACUUCAGCAGAAUAUACAAUUUCCUGAAAGAUAAAACAUACAGUCGCUGUGCAUGGGAGAUCGUCCGAGUGGAAAUCAGAAGAUGUUUCUACUACUUUAAAAACUUCAUGACACUCCUUACUAGGAAAUAA